AUGACCAAGUCGAGUGAAAUUAAGCGAGAUAUAUAUUACCGCAAGGCCAAGGAGGUGGGAUUUCGUGCACGUUCAGCAUUCAAAUUACUCCAACUGGACGAGCAAUUUGACUUUCUACGGAAUGUACAGCGUGCCGUCGACUUGUGUGCAGCACCUGGAAGCUGGAGUCAAGUGUUGAGUCGCAAGCUGUACGAUCGAGAUAGUAGAAAGAGUUUAGAUAGUAGCGACGUGCGCAUUGUGUCGGUGGAUUUGCAAGAAAUGGCGCCAAUUGCUGGUGUGCAGCUGCUUCAGGGCGACAUUACAUCCAAGCGUACGGCUGGGCAGAUCAUCCGUCACUUCUACGGUGCUAAAGCCCAAGUGGUCGUGAGCGACGGUGCGCCUGAUGUUACAGGAGUGCAUGAUAUUGACGAAUUUGUGCAAGCGGAGCUACUCGCAGCGGCGCUUAACAUUACUACUCAUGUGCUGGAAGAAGGUGGAGCAUUUGUGGCCAAGAUUUUUCGCUGUGAGCAGUACAGUCUUCUAGCAACGCAGCUCAGCAUUUUAUUUGAAAGUGUGUCAUGCUCAAAACCUAUGAGCAGUCGUGCACAAAGUAAUGAGGCGUUUGUGGUGUGUCAAGGAUUUCGACUUCCAAAGAACUACACGCCUGUGAUGACAUCUUACCUGCUUCCACAGUACGGACUUAAGGAGAAUGAAAAGCACGAUUCACUGCUUGUGCCGUUCUUUGCAAGUGGAGACCUGUCAGGAUACGACACAAUACAGCAAUUCUACUAA